CCAACUGUGUUGUUGCAGCUUCUGCAACGUAAUCUUGAAACAUGAGUAAGACAUUAAUUGUUUUCAAGGUGUUCGUCACCCUGCUGUUUGUUGAUGUGCUACACGGGCUUCCGUACAGUCAUUUUCAGUCAAAGAAACGGAAUGGAGAUAAGAGAGAGCCGCACAUCACGGAGCUGUUCUUCACGCAGACUCUGGAUCACUUCAACUUCAACAGCAUGGGCAACGGGACCUUCAACCAGCGAUACCUGCUCAUAGAUAAUUUCUGGAAGAAAGGCUAUGGUCCUAUUUUCUUCUACACCGGAAAUGAAGGAGACAUCUGGGAGUUUGCACUCAACUCUGGAUUCAUCACAGAGCUGGCUGCUCAGCAGAGAGCCCUGGUUAUAUUUGCUGAACAUAGGUUUUAUGGCAGAUCUCAGCCGUUCGGCAAAGACUCGUUCCUCAUCCCUCAGAUCGGCCUGCUGACGGUGGAGCAGGCGCUCGCCGACUAUGCCGUCCUGCUCACCGAGCUGAGACAGCAGCUGGGAGCCACUGAGUGUCCCGUCAUCGUGUUCGGGGGCAGUUAUGGUGGGAUGCUCUCGGUCUACAUGAGACUGAAGUAUCCAAACAUCGUGACUGGAGCUCUGGCUGCCAGCGCCCCCAUCCUGUCCACUGCGGGGAUGGGAGACUCCACACAGUUCUUCACAGAUGUUACAACUGAUUUCGAGAAUGUUGCUCCUGAAUGCACAAACGCCGUGAGAAGAGCUUUCCAGGAGCUCAAAGAAUUAGCAGAUAACAGAGUUUUCAGUCACAUCCAGUCUGAGCUCCUGCUCUGUAAGGCUCCGACGUCUGAACAGGACAUCAGACAUCUGUACCUGCUGCUGAGGAACGCCUUCACCCUGAUGGCCAUGCUCGAUUACCCCUACAGCACCUACUUCAUGGGCAAGAUGCCGGCUAACCCCGUCAAGGUGGCCUGUGAAACCAUGCUGAGAGGAUCUGACCUGCUGGCUAACCUGAGGAACACUGCAGGGAUCGUGUACAACACCACCGGGACGCUGACCUGCUUUGACCUGUACGGGCUGUUUAUUGAGUGUGCUGAUCCCACCGGCUGUGGACUGGGCUACGACAGCCUGGCCUGGGACUACCAGGCGUGCACAGAGGUCAGCAUGUGCUAUGAGAGCAACAAUGUGACCGACAUGUUUCCUCCCCUGGGCUUCAGUGAGAGUGACCGAGAGCAGUACUGCCUCAGACGCUGGGGUGUGGUCCCCCGACCGAACUGGCUCAAAACACAAUUCUUUGGUGACGAACUCUCCUCAACCAGCAACAUCAUUUUCUCCAAUGGAAAUCUGGACCCGUGGGCCAACGGAGGGGUGCGUCAGUCCCUCAGCCCUUCACUCGUAGCUCUCAACAUCUCUGGAGGAGCUCAUCACUUGGAUCUGAGAGGGUCCAAUGAUGCAGAUCCAGUUUCGGUAAUCAUCGCUCGCAGGACUGAAGCAAACCUUAUCGCACAGUGGGUGGACAACGAGAGGAUCAGAUUAAGAAAAUCACCAUAAAACACAUUUUGUUUUUGGACUUCUAUGAGGAAAAACAGACGAAAAACAUUUAUCUCUUGUCAAAUCUAAAGUUAAUUCUCAGAUUAUUCUGGCAGAGGCUUUUACAUAACGUCCAUCCUGGAGACAGAAAAGAUAGAGAACGUUAUUUCACUUACAGUAAACUUCUGGCUCCCUGUCUGAGUGUGUUGCCCGUCAGACGGAGUCUCUCACUGCUGAGGGAAAUAAAAACUUACCUCUGACAGCUCGAGGACAAUCCAUUUGGCUGAAACAAAGUUCUUUAACAUCCGAGGUAUUGAGCUUCUUUCAAGAGAACGCCCGAACAUUUUCACAUCGCACUCCCAGAACACAAACAACAUCAGAAUCAAACAGGAAGCUGGAUCAGUAACUCUGUAACGAUCUCGAUUGGUCAGUGAUCAUCCUAUAGUGAUGAAAAUUGUUGCUGCUUAAUUUUCUUGAAGUUUUUGUACCAACAUGUCUGAGAUGACUGCAGACUGUCUUUGUUUCAUCGCUCAAUCAUCGACACAAGACUUUCUUCUCCCUGUUUGAUAAAAUCUCUUUUUAUUUGUUUUUUUUUUACAAAAUAAAGCCAAUCCAGCGUUUAUUAUACAUUAUGUGACGUAAACAGUUCAUUGUAUGUUUUGAAAAGAUUGAAAUAAAAAAAGGAAAACACUGAACCGUACUGCACCA